UGUUGUGUUGUGUUUUUUUUUUCUACACUGAAAGUAUAGCCGGGUUCAGAGCGCUGGUGUCUAUGUGGGUCAAAGGGCACCGCUGUCACCCGUAGCUCAGUCUCUCCUGUAGCUGCGGUGGGCGUGGACGCGUCGUCAGGAAAGCAGUCAAUCCAGGUUUCUGGGGAAAAAAGUUGUGUGUCAACCAGUUUUGAUCGGAUCGUCUUUCAACAACGAUGUAAACACGUCGCCAAAGAAUGAUGUAAUGGUCACGUGGUGACGCCGGCUACACAAGGCCUUAUUCCAACGUCUGUACAGGGGCUGACGCUGUUCAAGCUAACAGUGCCAAACAAAGCUGAGCAUUUUCCGAGUUCUUUGUGGUCGUCCACCUGAGCAACCCACGCGGAUGUAUAUAGCUGCUCUACUUGCGCUCCUGGCGGUGAUUCGGCCCGUCCUGCCGGAUGCAAUUUGUGAUAGGACGUUGAUGAUCGCGACGUCAUCACCCUCUGUGCUGACGUCAGAUGGGUACCGCGGUUUGUACCCAGCAGGUACCGACUGCACCUGCGAGCUGAGAGCGACAGUUGGUAACGUGGUACAAAUCAGCUUCAAUGAUUUCCAGGUCGACCCGUACCCAGGGUCGUUAUCGGGUGCCCCGGGAACGUGUGAGCACCACUAUCUAGAGGUGUACAACGGUCUGGAGACCAGCGGGAACCUGUUAGGUUCGUUUUGCGGAGGGGAGCGGCCUCCCAUCCUGCUGUCCAGUGACGUCAGCAUGACGCUCAAGUUUGUGACCAAUCCCCAUUCCGCUAACAACCGGUAUCGGGGUUUCUCACUGAACUUCACCGCCAUAGCCAACACACAGGACAUUGAUUCAGGCUGUUGGAGCAUGCGCAGACUGACCGCCCCUAGUGGGUCCAUCGUCAGCCCCGGCUUUCCGAACGAGUACCCAGCAAACUUAGCAUGUACGUGGGAAAUUGUGACUCGUCCAGACAGCAAAAUCACACUGCAGUUCUUAAGCUUCCUGGUAGGAGGUGCUACUGCAACAUGCGACAACAACAUCAACGACUACGUUAUUGUGUACAGAGGAACAGGGGAAAGCAAAGUAUCAGAAGGGACAUACUGUGGAUGGGAGUUGCCACAAUUCACGGACCUGCUCAAUGAGGUCACCAUUGAGUUCGUGGCCAACAACGUCGGCGGAUGGCGAGGUUUCUUCAUGGUAUACACCGCAGUAGGUCCGACAACCACACCCACCAUCCCUCCAACCAUCUCCACAACGGUUCCUCCCCCCGUGAACACAAUGAACACUCCCCAGCCCCCUGUCACACCCGGAGCCUCCUACGUCCCCACGGUGGGGGACCAUGCCGCCAGGCUGGGGGAAAACAGCUACAUUGUGGUUUUCUUCUUACUUGUUGCAAUACUCACGCCAAUCGCUAGAUGAUACCCGACAGUAAGAGAAAAAUAUUUUACUACUUAUGCUGCAAUGAUGUAAAAGUAUCAAAUUAUGGAGAAAAAUUACAAUAUCAGAACGAUUUAGUUUUAUAGCUGUAUAAUGUGAUAUAUUCUGGUCAUAGUGAUUAUUCUUAUGAUUCUGCCAACAAUUCGCUGUAAGAAAAGUUGUAAAUUAGCGAGCACACAUGACCAAAGACCUGUAUGUGAAGAAAUGCCAGCACUUUUCACGUAAGAAUAACGAGUGGCAUUGGUUUGUAUAGUAAUAUCAUUCUCUUUGGGCGAAAAUAGUAGUCACUUCAUCAUUCUUCAGAUUACCUAUAUCUAAUUGAAUCUUGUAUUUGUAUUUUAUUUCAAGUAAUUGAAAUAAACGAAGUGUCUUCAUCUCA